AACACAUCGAUCGAGGAAAUCGCGCACACCACUCCGACACCGUUCCGCGUCCUCCGAAAAGUAUUCAGAAGCAUCAAUUCAUCAUCUGAACUCUUCUCAUCGAUCAAUUCCUCUCCCAGGCACGAGAAUAACAACAAACAAACAACCUGCAACAAGAUGUCGCACUUCGCUCUGACUGCAGAGGCGAAAGCCACCAUGCGAGCGAAUCUCGAGCUAGAGCUCAAGACCCGCAGAGAGAAGCUUGUCGCCAUGUGCGAGGCGCAGAUCGCGAGUCUCCGGUCGCGCCUGGAGCGCCGCGUCAACCGCAUCCCGAGCAGCAAACGCAACAUGAAGCUCGUUGAUCUCCUCGACGCAGCGACUACCACCAAAGCUGCACCGGCGAAGAAAGAAGUCGCCCUGGCACAGCCUCCUGUUCGCACCGUUGUCCCAGCUCCCGCUCCUGCCGCCCGCAAGACUCGUACGGCUCCUGCCGCUAGAAAGGACGCCCCCAAGCCUAUACCUGCUAAGGAGACUCGAAAACCGACGCAACCGGCCCUUCAACCAGCCCUGAAACCAGCUGCAAAGACAGCUCCGAAGACCACCCGCGGCACGAAGAGGUCAUCGGAUGAGAUGGGCGACAAUAAAGAGAAUGCCAACGAGCUCGCUGUUCCCAAGAAGCGCACCAAGACGGCUGCUGCCCUUGCCCACGCGCCCAAGCCGGGUGCGAGUACGCGAACGACCCGGGCGGCCUCCAGGAAGGUCGUCCCACAGGCGCCUCAGGUGCUCUCCCCGAAGCCGAAUAACAGUCGCCCAGCGCCUCGCGCACGUCGCCAGCGCUAAUCUCAUAUGGAGUUGAACUAAGAUGGGUAAUGGCGUUUUGGGCGUUUCUCUUGCUUUGAUAUCCACAUGAUACCCUCUUUUAUGCAUAGUCGUUUUGGCAAACUGCUAAGAGGAUGGGGCGAGUCUCAUUAAAGUGUUCUAGCACUCUAGGAAGGGUAAUGGCGUUUUGGGCAUCACGGGAAGCGUGGCCGCUAUCCGCCAUCCCCACCCCUCCCUCGCGGCUUGAGAUUCCCGAGGUUGAGGCCUUCAAUGGCCUCCCCCGGGUUUCAAUAUAGCCAGGUGAAGGGGUGGGUUGAGGCGAGGCACUUUGUUUCUUCUUCUUGUACAUAGUUCGCGCGGGCACUGAAUGAAUCAAGCACGACUUCGUCGUCUAU